GCCGGAUCUAAUUCGAACCCUAAUUAAUUCUCCCUUAGAAACUCCUCUGUUUUUCGUCGUCUCCUUCGAAACCUAAUGCGCGCGCAAUGGCGGCGUAGGAUUACGCCCGCCGCGUUCCCGAUCUUCUCCUCCGCCGUACGUUGCUUAGUCCUUCCGGCGCCGGCUGGCACUGCAAAGCCGGCUCCUUUCCCUCCUCUCCCCACGGAACACCGCAUCAAGUCCCUGCUACGUUCCGGGAUGCUCGAUGACGCCGCCGCGCUCCUCGCCGCCGCGCCCCCCUCCAACCCCCCGCCGGUACGCUUUUUCAACUUGGUGCUCUCGUCAUUUGCCGGCCGCCGCCGGUUCGGAGCCGCCGUCGACCUCUACAACUCGAUGUGCCGCUCGGACGUGCCCCCGGACGUCGUGACCCUUAACAUACUGAUGAAUUGCCACUGUGAGUCCGGCCGCCUCGACCUCGUGCGACAGGUGUUCGAUCAGUUCAACUUCUGGUCCUACGCCCCUAACGUCAUCUCUUGCAACACUUUGAUCAAAGCUUACUGCAGGAAAGGGCGUGUUUUUGAUGCUCUUGGAGUUCUUCGGCGGAUGCAGGAGGGUGGACCAAGGCCGAACGAUCGAACCUACUCCAUUUUGAUCGAUUCUGCUUUUCAGUCCUCGAUGUGGGAGUUGGGUCUGAUAUUGAUUCGCGAAAUGUUGCUCAUUGAAUUGGUGCCCAGUCCAGAUGCAUACAAUUGCAGCUUCGCCGGGCUUUGCAACGUCGGAGAAAUGAGAGCUGCUGCCGUCCUGUAUUCUAGGAUGGUUAAGGUGGGAGUCAAAGGAAAUGUGGUCUCGUAUAACGGCUUUAUCAGUGGAUUGUGCAAGGAAAGGAAGAUUGAAGAUGCAAAAGUGAUGCUGAUUGAGAUGUCAGAGAUGGGUAUUACUCCAGAUGCUACGACAUAUGCCAUCUUGAUUCACGGGUUAUGUUUGGUUGGACAGAUCGAAGAUGCCGAAAAUAUGUUGCAAAGCAUGGUCCAACUCGGUUGUGCUCCAAAUGUAGUCACAUACACUGCAUUGAUAGGAGGAUAUUGUAAAGAGGGGAGAGUAGAAGAGGCAUUGAGACUCUUCGACGAAAUGUCACAACAAAGAAUUGAUCCUAAUGAGUUUACAUACUGCACCUUGUUAGAUGGAUUGUGUAAAGCAGGGAAACUUGAAAAGGCACUGCAGUUUUUCCGCGCAUUACAAGAUCGAGAGUAUGGAAAUCAUGUUGUUGGGUAUAACACUCUGAUAUCUGGGUUUUGUAGAGUAGGUUACGUGGAUGAAGCUAGUAAACUAUUCGCUGAGAUCAUUCAGAGAGGAUGCAGUCCUGAUACAAUUACCUAUAAUACCUUGAUCGAUGGAUUUUGUAAAGUUGGACGGGUCAAGGAUGCUUAUAGAUUCUUACUUGACAUGCCGAAACAGGAUCUAAAGCCAAACCUCAUCACUUACAAUACAAUGAUGUCCGGUUUGAUUAAUAUGGGAUGUCUAGAGCAGGCUGUGCAUCUGAAAGAAGAGAUGGUUGCUAAAUUAGUACGACCGGAUCUGGUCACGUACACUACUCUUAUUAACGGAAUGUGUCAGGUAGGGAGGUUCCAGGAAGCUGAAAAUUUGCUGGAUCAUAUGGAAGAUAAAGGGAUCGAACCUGAUGCGAUAACUUAUUCAUGCAUACUUCAUUUUUACUGUAAAAAGAUGCAGCUGCAAGAAGCAAAAGGCAUAAUCAAUAGGAUGAGAGAAAGGGGAUUUGAGGCAAACUUUGGUGUUUAUUCUGCUUUGUUGCAAGGGUUUUGCAGAAGAGGUGAAGUUAAGGAAGCAAUCAAGCUGCUGAAUUGUGCCAUUUUAGAUGGUACCACCCCAUCUACGAUUAGUGUUACUCAUCUUCUUGAGUAUAUUUGUCAGUUUGGGCUACUUGACAGAUUCGUAGACUUGCUUCCAAUCAGAGCUGGUUAGUAUCAUCGAAGGUUUCCCUGUUACCCAAAUUAUAGUGCUGGAUUCCUGCAAGGCAUAACUUUUGAAGAGUGAUUCUGCCCAAACUUGUGAAGCACGAAGCGAAGAGCGAUUGCACAAUAACUGCCCCAGAAUACAAAUGAGAUGCAAUUUGAUUAUGCCAGAAAAGAUUUGCAAUUCCACUUCAAAAGAGGUUAGAUUCUUGUCACAGUGCCAAAUUUGGCAUGAUAAUCACAUUACUCACAUCAUACUGGACGUAGUUCGAAUUGGGUUUCAUUAGUGCACAUGAGGCCUAGAAUCCAAACCAAAGUGUAACGAUUAUUCAUAUACCAAUACAUAUUCCAUUUGCUAUAAAAUGUAUUAGGCAAUGACCAUCACCUGCACACGUGGCCUGUGAAGUGUUUUUUGGAUAAUAUCUUAUAAACAAAGCACACUAUAUUCCUAUGAUAACACAAAAAGUU